AUGCUGCGACCGGCCACACCCCUAUCGAUCCUGCUCCUGUUGGCGUUUGGCCUGCUCCUGAUCUCGGUUCUGUCGACGCCCAUCAUACAGCAGAUACCACUUGGCUCAUUUGGUGGUGUCAGUUUCGGCGUCUUCGGCUGGUGUAAAGGCGGCACAUGCAGUCCCAUUGAGAUAGGCUACGACACUUCUGCAAUCAACCAGAAUGGCAACGAAGGUGAUUUCGAUCUGCCCAGUUCGACGAGGUCGACACUUUCGGCCAUCCUCAUUGUGCAUCCAGUGGCUGCCCUGAUCACCCUCAUUAUGCUGAUCUUGGCUCUGGUAUCCCACCUUCACUCGCCCUCUCACUCUUCUAGAUAUCUGCUUCUAGUAUUCAUCCUUAGCAUCAUCGACUUGAUUGUCUGUCUGUUAUCUUUCCUUAUCGAUGUAUUACUCUUCGUUCCCCACAUGGCCUUUGGGUCGUACCUGGUCCUUGCGGCAACCAUCCUGGUGGCGUUGAGUACUCUGGUGUCAUGCGCCAUGCGUAGGACAAUAGUCAACAGGAAGGCCAGGAAGAAGAGAAUCGACGAGAACGCAGAGAUGAGCGGGGAGAACUUUUACAACCGGCAGGCCAAGGAGGCACCCGUGCCGAGUACCGCACAGCCAACCAUGCCCAUUGUCAGCGGAGCAAAUGGCGCCGCCAACGACAAGCUGCCCGCCUUCGCCUCGUUCGAAAAGAAGGACGACCGCAUAAGCGAUGAGCGUAUUCCAUUGACGGCACGCAGUCCUUCCGACAGGUCACCGAACAAUGUGCCCAUGGAGCUGAACAACGCGGAAACCAUGUACAACGGCCCUAUCGGUCCUGGUCCUCGCCGGGCCCCGUCGAGGGAUCAAUUUGGCAACCCCAUCAACCCACCUCCUGAUGCAUAUGGCAUGCGAAGGCCAUCUACCGAAACCCAACGAUCUCGAGGGCGUGGUGGUAUGCCCCCAGGUGGUUACCGCGGCCGUGGUGGGUAUGGACCUCCAAGAGGUGGUGGGUAUGGACCCGGCCCGGGUAGGGGGGGUUAUGGCCCACCAGGUGGCCGAGGGGGCUAUGGGCCGCCUCCAAAUCGAGGGGGUUAUGGGCCACCACCUCGUGGCUAUGGCGGGCCUAUGAUGCGAGGAGGUCGGCCGCCGCCACCACCACCAAGCUACGAUUCUGGGCCCUACGACCGCAGGGGCUCGCCCGCUGCCGAAUACGGUGGUCCUUACGGUGCUCGACAGCAGUCUCCAGGCCCUCCGUCAGCUCCUGGCUACCAGAUGAACAACUUAAAUCCGUCUAUGCCGAGCGUGUCGACUGGAAAUAGUUACGAGGCGUACACCCCUGGCAGGGAGAGCGAUCUCCCAAGGGCAGAGUCGCCCCCACCGUUGCCUGGGGCCGAGAACGAUAUUCCUAGGCAGGGUACGCCGAUACGUGCGCCCAGCAGCCCCUCACAUAAUCAACAGGGCUUUGGUCUGAGCGACAGUGACGCCGACAUUGCUGGGAUGGUGGGAUUGCAGCAAGGCCGAGACACAGCACGCCGCCACGAUACUGUCAUGAGUGAGGGUAGCAGAUACAGUCAACCCGAUGACCAAUACGUCCCUGUGCGCACGGGUUGGAACCAGAACGCUGCUCAACACCAGUCGGCAGUGCCGUCUCCACUGCGGCCCCCAGUUGGCAAUCCAAGAUCCAACACCGGAAGUCCUCGUCCGGCUCCGCAAGAGACAUCCUAUGUCGAAGACAUAGACCCUCGCUUUGCCGAGCCUCCAAUGGUGGCCACUCCCGCUCAAAGACCGACACCUCCGGCUCUCGAGACUGACAACUCUUAUGACAGCAUUCCUGAGGGAGCUCGCAGCCCUGCCGAGUCUGAACGAUCAACGUUCACCUCGAUAUCGCAGCGAGGUAUCAAUCCCAACUGGCCAGGCAACAACCCACCGCCCCCAAUGAUGGGCGGCUUCGGGGCAGUGCCACCUCGGAGACCAGUACAACCGCCGCGUGAUGUCCUGUUGGACGGAAACCCCGACUUCAUGCUACCUGGCGGGGGUGGGCGCGGGGGACGCGGACCUCGUCGCGGUGGUGGCGCUUACCCAGGAGGCCUGUGA